AUGAGCAGCGAAAAGAAGGUAAUUGAUCAAGAAGAAAUUGAAAAUGACACUGAAGCCGAAGUUAAUGAAGAAGUAGCAGAAAGGCCUAUUUUAGAAAAUACUUGGACAUUAUGGUAUCAUAACCCUCAAGCUAAACUUAACGAGCAAAACUAUUCUCACUUUUACAAUGAAGUCUAUACAUUCUCGGAUGUUGAAACAUUUUGGAGUGUUUUUAAUCACAUUAGAGGACCUAGUGAAAUAUCGACCGGUACAACUUACUUUUUAUUGAAGGAAGGUAUAAAACCAGAAUGGGAAGAUCCAAAAUGUAUUGGUGGUGGUGAAUGGGUUUAUAGUUUCCCUAAAAAGCACGUUCCAGCUGAUCAAUACUGGUUAGAUUUAGUGAUGUUUUGUGUAGGAGAGUCAUUUACUUAUUCGGAUAAUUUGCUUGGAUGUUGUGUUGCCAACAGAAAGAAUCAAAUUCGUAUCAAUUUGUGGGUAGAUACAUUGGAUGAAACAAUAGCAAAGAGAUUUGGAGAGCAAUUCAAAUUUGAAGCCUUAAAAAUAGGAGCAAAUACAAAUAUCAAAAUAGACUUUAAAUCUUUCAAAGAUCAAUUGGACGGUAAAAAGACAGUUUUACAAGUAGUGUAA